AUGACUGACGAUCAUCCCUCGUUAAUCACUAAAAUUGCGCACCUUGAAAAAUAUAUUGAAUACCUACAAUCUACCAUGAAUGAUCUCACUAAAGUAAUUAAUGAUAUGAUUGAAAAGCAACUGCAUGAACCUACUUCUAAUCUUAAAAUCAAUGAUAUCCCUCCAAAUGAUGAGUCAGUUAUGUCCACUCCAAUAUUCCCCCAAACACAAAUACAAGCACCAUCUUCUACACAAACACAUACACAUACACACACACCACACACACUUACACACAACAAAAAAGAACAAAUUCCUAUGAAGAACAAAUACCAAAGCCGUAGAUUCAACCAAGAAACAACAACCAAUAUCAACCUAAACAAGAAAAAUCUCUCUUCCAAAGAUAACUCGAACCCUAAGGUAAAAAAACCUCAACCAAAAAAAACACCAAAGACCGCAAAAAUGCAAUCAACCCGCCCAACAACUAAGAAAUCUAUCGACUUCAACAAAGGAUUAACAAUAUACUGCGCAACCAACUUGUACAAAAACAAAGAGGCACUUCAAUUUCUCCUCAAUCAACUCAAGGCCUCCAAACUUGCGAAGGAUCCAUGGGUCCCCUCUGAAAGACCAUUCAUACUCCAAAUUGUUCCGUCCUCAUCAAGCUCAAGGGACGAAAUCAUCAAGAACCUCAAUACCGCCAAAAGUCAAACAAACUUUAAAUACUUUAUCUCUGAUAUGUCUCUCCAAAUCACAGAGUUCACCGCUCAACAUCUUACUGGAAACGAUGAAAACAAUAUUCUUCAUAUGCUAUGCAAUUGGCAUGAGAAAUCUAAAGGUUUAAUAGCUAUGAGAAUUAGUAAACCACCAGACUCAAGCUGCUUCAAAACCACUGUUACAGUUAAGAAUUUACAAUCACUACAAGAAAUCCUCUCUAACACCGAAUGGUCUCGCCUCAAAACUUAUACUCAACUAGCUGAAGAUUCCCCUGAAGAUUCCCGUUUUGAAGUCUUUAUCAACCUCUCUACAGAUUUUGAAGAACAUGAAAUCGUAAACGUCGUUAAAGAUAUCACCACUAAAGCAGGAAUUACUAUUCACCCAAACUCUAUCAAAAUCGAUGAAAAGGCAUCUCCUUUUAAUCCUGAAGAAUCAUAUUAUAACAUCAUAGUGUCUCUUAAAUCUGAUACUGAAGUCGAUCGUAUCUUAGAAGUGGUCCAUCCUAUUGAAACCAAGCAUGGCAGAAUCAUCACAAAAUCCUUCAAGUCCAAAGCGCAGUUCUUUAAAGAAAAAGCUAUCUCCAAAUCAAAUCAAUCAACAGAGAAAGAAAGCUCUAACUUCUCAACUAUUACUACUCCAAAUAAUUAUGAAGCAAGGUUUACCAGCCUUGAAAAAAGAGUCUCCAAUAUGGAAAGCAAUAUAUCAUAUAUUGCUAAGAAUAUGGAAACUCUAAUGCACAGCGUUAAAAGACUCGUCCAAGCUGGGAAGAGAAAGGACAUGCAUGAUGAAGAUAUUGAAUGA